AUGUUGAGUCCUAAGAUUCAACGUUCGAUACGCGUCAACGACGGACAGUUGAUAGCGUUGUCUGAACGAGCUCAAUAUGACCACUCACAGGCUGGUUACCUACACAAGCGAAGUUCGGACAAUACAAAAUGGCAGCUGAGAUGGUUUAUACUGUAUCAGAACUUGCUGUUCUAUUACGAAUCGGAAAACAACACGCGUCCAACCGGCGUUUUGCUUCUGGAAGGAUCUUACUGUGAGAGACUCAGCAAAGCGCCCAUGGAAAGAAAUGCAUCUUUCUGCUUUACAAUAUCGUAUCGUCGUGAGACCCAACGUCAAUAUGAACUUCGGGCUGCUUCGGAAGUUGACUGCGUCCACUGGGUUGACUCAAUUAGAGAAGCUAGUUUCAAUAAGCUGCUGCUCCAAAAGGAAGAACUGGAACAGAAACAACUGCACCUGCUGCAAGUCGUGGAAAGUGAACGCACUUCGCGGUGGCAAUACGCCCAACAGUGUGAGGAACUCUCAAAUGAAGUCAAAAAAUUACGUUCCGAGCUCUGUGCUUACAAGAAAGAACACGAACCAUCAACGCGAGCUACGUCUACCGCAAGCUUGUCACCUACUCUCUCGGAUGAUAUCGACCCUUCUGAACUGCGCAAGAUCAAGAAAGUCCAGAGCUUCUUCCGAGGCUGGUUGUGCCGACGUCGAUGGAAGCAGAUUGUAGACCAGUACAUCAAGAGUCCUCACGCAGAGAGCAUGCGGAAGAGGAAUAGUCUGGUGUUCAAAAUGGUGGAGGCUGAAGAAGAGUACUUGGAGCAAAUGGAAAUAUUGGUGACAUGUUUCUUACGACCUUUCAAAAUGGCGGCGAGUUCAAAGAAGCCACCUUGCACCCACGAAGACGUGAAUUCCAUUUUCCUGAAUAGCGAGACAGUCCUGUUUCUGCAUCAGAUCUUCUUUAAAGGUCUUACUUCUAGGAUGGAGUCGUGGCCAACUCUUGUAUUGGGUGAUUUGUUCGACAUGUUACUACCGAUGCUGACAAUCUACCAAGAGUACGUCCGUAACCACCAUUACUCCUUACAAGUGCUGACUGAAUGCAAGCAAUCCCAACAAUUUACUCACUUAUUGGCUCGUUUGGAGAGCAAACCAGCGUGCCAGGGUCGUUCCUUGGAGACUUUUUUGACAUUUCCUAUGCAUCAGAUUCCCCGCUACAUAAUAACCCUGCACGAGCUAUUAGCCCACACUCCGCAUGAUCACGUGGAACGACGCAGUCUACAGCAUGCGCGGGCGCAACUGGAGGAGCUGUCGCGACAGAUGCAUGAUGAAGUGAGUGAAACUGAAAAUCUUCGAAAGAACUUAGCAGUUGAACGCAUGAUCAUAGAAGGAUGCGAUAUUCUGCUUGAUGUAAACCAAGUUUUCAUUCGUCAAGGUACACUCUCCCAAGUAGCAGGAAAGGGCCGUAGAGCGACGCUACAAUCACGACAAGCAUUUUUAUUCAGUAACCACUUGUUGUUGACCACACGAGCACCCGGUGGUCGCCUACAUCUGCCACCUUCGGGAAGACUGCCCUUGCAUGAUGCUUUGCUGAUAGAAGACCCGUCGAAUCAUGAUGAUGAUGAUACAGCUUCCGUGUGUUCGUCACCAGGUGGAGAAAGCUACCAAGGCAAAGAUUUUAAAAUUCUCGUAGAAGUAAAGGGAGAACAAAUUUGUGCUCAUUUAGUGGCAGCUACAUUAGAAGAAAAAGCGGCUUGGACAAGCGAGCUAGCGCAAUGUAUGGAAAGUGCUGCUUUGACGGAGCUUUUAAGAGCUUGCGGUGCAUGUGGAACAGCAUCAGCCAGCCUUCCAGCUUGUAGAUCAGACCGGGCGUUAUUCACAGAUGAUGUGGAUAUCCGAUUUAGUAGAACGCUGAAUUCUUGCAAAGUUCCACAGAUACGUUCCGCUACGCCACAGAGGUUGUUGCAGAGACUUACGGAUCUUCGAUUCCUAUCUGUGGACUUCCUAAAUACGUUCCUUCUAACGUAUCGCGUGUUUACGGACGGCGUGACGGUGCUGGAAGCCCUAAAGCAGGUGUUUUAUGAGCAGUCGCAGCAGGAUAUGGAUCUCCCUCCACCGCCAGAUGCCACUAGAAAGGCCAGUGGAGCUAGUUCUGUUUCAGGGUACGGUUCCGAAUACAGUGACCGAGAUUGGCAGUCUAGAUUCUGGCGUGUACAGCGUGGAAAAAGUGAAGAAGAAGAUAAACUGUCCCCAUACUUAAUGGCACCAUCGCGACGCGCUUCUGCAGUUAAGACAGAGGAAGAAAACAAAGAGAACAGUCAUCUCACCAUACCCAAGAUAAUGGCUACUUCUUCCAGUAACGAGACUCUAAAAGGCACUGUCUCAACGGGUACAGGCACCACAGGCACAUCCCCGUCAUCUCCGGGAGCCAUCAGCUCUGUGACUUUGGUUGGUAGCCGCAAAAGCAGCCCUGAGCAUGCCACAGAGGAAAAGGAAUCCCCAACCAAAAUUAAGGAUAAUGACAGAGCAGCCAAAAUUAUGAAAGAUGAGAGCAUCGAGCUGGUCGAUCAAAGUGAUGAAGACAUCAAAUAUAAGGAAGAAGAACAAGAGAAGCAUAAGCCCAAACACGAGGAGAAGUUUAAGAUAUCACAGAGGUUUUCCGAGGUAAGCAUAUCGCAUAUUCAGCGCGUGCGCACAAUGUCGGAGAGUCCUCGCAGAUUACAGCCAAGCGCCGGUCAGAGCGCAGCAGAGCUACGUCGCAGGUCAGAAGGUACUCGGGAGACGGCCACACAACCCCACGAGCCACGUCGAGCAUCAGAUACAGCAGCCAGGGUUACGCCUCGAAGGUCGGUCAGCGAGAGACGUUGCACGAACACAUCAAUCAAUGGCGAAAGACGACGCCAUUGGGGAGGUUCAUCCGAGCCGCGAUCAUCAGUCACAUCACAGGCCUCACAGAUGCAGAACUAUCGCCGCGAAACUGGUCAACCGAAAGCUGGAGUAGUCAUUACAUCAUUCAGACAAUCGCACAGGAGGAGCAGUACUUCGACUGCCGCUGUGGCUUUUGCCGUAGCUACGUCUGCGUCGUCAAACCCUCGGUCACCACCUGCGAAUUCACCGACCCAGGCCAGAAGAGACUCAGUUAUUUCCACCGCAGCAACAAUGAGAGUUCUUAACGUUUUACGGCACUGGAUUUCAAAGCACUCUUCAGAUUUCUGGUCAGAUGAACGUCUUCGUGGACUUACAAUGGACUUCCUGAAGGAAAUAGAGAGUAGCCCGGGUUUGUUGCCGGCUGAGCAUAAAGCUGCAUCUCAACUGCUGCGUCUGCUGGAACGUUCACCAGAUAGAAACGUCGAUCUUAAAGAAAUUUUUGCACCACCUAAGGUACCGACUAAGGAAUGCUUGGAAACACUAUCAGCUUUAGAAAUUGCAGAACAAAUGACGUAUCUGGACUACCAAAUAUUCAGUUCCAUUCACAGCGAGGAGUUUCUUGGGCAAGCGUGGACAAAGGCAGAUAAAGCAGAACGUGCACCUCACAUCUUAAUGAUGACUGCACAUUUCAACCACAUCUCCAGUCUGGUCAUAUCUGAGAUCCUCAAGAUCGUUCCAUUUCCUGGAACCCCUCGCGAUAUCCACGAGCUCCAAGAACACGCCCUGAAGUGCAGAGUUGGCUCCAUUGAGAAAUGGAUAGCCGUCGCAGAUAUAGCCCGCUGUCUCCAUAACUUCAAUGGGGUCCUGCAGGUCUGCGCAGCUCUCUCCAACACAUCUAUCUUCAGGCUAAAGAAGACGUGGGAGAAGGUUUCUAAGACGAGCAAGCAAACACUGGAGAAACUACAGAAUUUGACAUCAUCGGAAUGUCGUUUCCGGAAUUUAAGAGACGCUUUGCAUAGGUGUGACCCUCCUUGCAUUCCGUACCUAGGAAUGUACCUGUCUGACUUGUCGUUUAUUGAGGAAGGUACUUCGAACUUCACCCCGGAAGGACUAUUGAAUUUUUCCAAAAUGAGAAUGAUUGCACAUGUCAUUCGUGAGAUUAGAAAUUUCCAGCAGACGCCGUACAAAAUUGACCGUAUACUCAAGGUUAGCGACUUCUUACUGGAUCCUGCUCUAGCGUUUUCUGAAGAGGAGCAGUAUACCCUGUCAUUAGAACAGGAACCCCGGGCGUCUAGGGGAUCAGCCGGGGGCAUAGUUCCUACUCCAGCGUCCCCAGCUUCACCAUCUGCUCAACGCAGGCGCAGGGCUUCACUCGCAGCCCUAGCACCUUUAAGGGCGGAGCGCUAA